AUGGCGUCUCCUGAACCGAAUCUCCCCAAACUGUUUGCACGCGACAUUAUUUCCUAUACCGAUUCGCAGCUUGAUCAAUAUCUCAAAGACAACAGCAGGAUUGUCAAGGUUGAAGACCCCGAGAAUCUCACUGAAGAAUUUAUUCAAUGUCUACGGGAUUAUGCACGUCGCUCAAGCAAAGAUAAUCAGUCCCAACCAGUCGACCUUGAUCAAGUGACGGCCCGACUUUUGCAAAACCUCACCGGUAAAAAUGUGCGUCAUGUAGCUGGCAGGGAUCGCGAUGAUGACUUCUACGGCUUGGAUGGGUAUGAUCGCGAACCUACUCCAGUGUAUGACCCAGACAAAGCAUACCAGAGAAGUCUGCGGGAACAAACUGGCGCAUACCACGCACUUAUCAAGGCUGGAGGUCGACCUUCGCACCCACUUAGCCUUCUUGUGGAUAUCGUUAAGGAUCCAGGAGAGUACAGUGAAAUUUUUUCGUUCUGGCAACUUCCCCAUCAGCGUGAUGACUGGAGAGUAUUCGUGGAACAAUUAUCAAGGUGGAAAGACUUCCUGAGAGUCCAGAAAUUUGCCCGUGGGGAAAGCGUUCAUGACAACUGGCGGCGAUUCUGGGACGAUUCACGAGACAAUUUAAAUAUUUUAGGUGAUUUUGGGACAACUGUUGAUGAACACGAGGCACACUGGGAGAGUCACUUCGACUACCUAAAAGAAUGCUACGAAGACGAUGAGGUAAUAAUAACCGGCAAUUGCAAUUUAAGAUGGGAUGCCUAUGUUGGCCAAGAUACCCCCGGUACGGAUGGACGAUUCUCCACGUAUGCCAAUGCGAUCAAAAAGCGCCUCACAACACAUGGCUUCGCUCCAAAAAUUGAACUAGAUGAAGACCUAACUCGCCAGGACAAAUUAACAACAUGGGCUGAGUAUUUGGCCUUGGAGUACUGGUGCUAUGACGAGCUUACACUUUCGAAGGCGCAACAACAAUUCAUUGAUGACGCGUGGAAAAAGCUCGUUGAGUCUAAGGUAUUAAGCCCUACUGAUACGCAGGAGUCUUUAUGCAGCGCUGAAUCAGCAUUUGAGAGAUGGAAUAGGUUGGGACAAGCUGAGAAGGCUGUGGAAUCUGCGAAACAUGCUGUGAUGCGCGCCCAAAAAGCCGCCUCAGUUCAACGAUAUCCUCAUAAAGUUUCAGCAGAGGAACCCACAUCAGAUCUAUUGAAAGCUCAACUACAGCUAAAUGCCGCAGAGAAGGAGUACACCUAUGUCAAAACACGAAAUGAUCACAUCGUUGAAUUCGUUCGGAACACGAGGGAUCUUCGGAUCAAGAAGAGAGACGAAGAACACCAGAGGAAACUAGUACAAUGGAUACUGCGGCAGUUCCCCUUGAUCCAACGCGAGCUAGAGCAGUCCAAGACAACCGCCGACAUCGCAGAGCCCAGCCAUCACAAUAAUAUGCACGGCGACAACCGAGGUGACAGAGCUACUGCGAAACAAAACCCCGCGGGGAAACGCAGCGAUACUGGCGAAGACACUUCGACAUCGGACCAAAUCCGGAGAGCCUCAGCCUCCCAAACAGGUAAUAAACGCAAGCGCAACCAUGACAUGACUGAGGAAGCAGCACGUCCCUCGAAGCGCGCAGAGCGUAGUGGUCGGAAUCAGCAGCUUUCUGGUUCUGCGCGUAUAGAUUCAGGGACCGCCAAGAAUGUUGAUGGCGUGAAGGCCAUCACACCAAACAAAGCUGGGCACCCGUCUCGACGAGGUAUUUCGGUGUCUAGCCCAAAGAUGUCUUCUCUGGACCAUAGGAAUUCUUCUACUGUACCCAACCCUCCCCUUCGCCGCAGCGCCAGAAUUGCGCAAAGAGAGCAGCGUUUAAAUGCACCGAUUAGCUCAUCAUCCGAUAUUGUGAAACCUUAUCCAGGAACCCGAAAGUCAGGCCAGGCACCAACAGAUCCUAAAAAGACGAAAACACGAGUGCUGUCGAAGCGCGGCAACUCGAAGCCUCAACGAACGUCAGGGAAAAAAGGGCAGUAUUCUCGUUCUUGA